AUGCCAGUCAAAACAGAGCCGAACGAGAUAGACCCUGCAUCUGACAUAGCGACAGUGAAGAGUGCGUCGCCAACGAUGGAGGGCGCAAAUCCUGAGUCGGGGCCUUCUGACUCGAUUAACAACCUCGCGCAGAGCAUGACGGUCCUUGUGCGGAAGAUUCAGGAUCUGCGGCACAUCGGCAUAGAGGACUCGCAGAUCACCCUUCCAAAGAUCUGCGUCAUUGGAGACCAAAGUACCGGCAAGAGCUCACUUAUCGAGGGGAUGAGUGAGAUAAAGGUGCCCAGGAGCGCUGGUACAUGUACGAGAUGCCCAAUGGAGAUCAACCUGUCGAACAGCGAACCUGAUCAGCCCUGGACUUGUCGCGUAUACUUGUCCAGAAAGUAUAUGUUUGACGCCUCUCGAAGAAUCAGCAAGCCCAAGAAAUCAGAACCUCUUGGCCCUUGGCAUCCUCAAGAUCAAGAAGACGAGUUGUUUACCACGAUCACCGAAAAAGGAAAAAUCGAGGACGUCAUCAAGUGGGCGCAACUGGCGAUCCUCAAUCCUGGAAGCCCAUCAGCGAGCUAUGUUCCUGGUGAGAACAACGAAACUGACCCUUCACAUUGCCAGGUGAAGUUCUCCCCAAAUAUUGUAAGACUGGACAUCUCUGCUCCUAGAUUUCCUAGUCUUUCAUUUUACGACCUCCCAGGUGUCAUCAACCAAGCUGAGUUUGAUGAAGAGCGGUACCUCGUCAACCUUGUUGAGAACCUGGUGAAGGAGUACAUUUCCCAAGAGAGCUGCAUUGUUCUUCUUACCAUUACCAUGACGGACGACGUAAUGAACUCCUCCGCUGCUCGGAUAAUGCGAGAUAUCCGUGGAGCAAAGAAGAGAACAUUAGGGGUUCUCACUAAGCCUGACCGUGUUCAGAUUGGUGAGUCUUACAGUCAGUGGGUCGAGAUUCUGGAAGGCGACAAGUUCUCCCUUGGGCAUGGUUAUUAUGUCGUGAGGAAUAAUCCGGAUCCCUCUGUCGAGCACUCGGUGGCUCGCCAGGAAGAAGAUGAGUUCUUCAGGAUCGCUCCAUGGUCGACUGAUCUCGCCUCAUACCAUGAGAGAUUCGGCACCCGAAAUCUACAAUCUGCGUUGUCGAACCUUCUCUUCCUACAAAUUCAGGGAUGUCUUCCAGGCAUCAUUGACAAAAUCAAUGAGAAGGCUACUCGUAUUGACAAUGAGCUUUCGACGCUUCCGGCGCCUCCGUCUGCAAAUGUGCCAUAUAUACUCUGCGGCAAACUUCACACUCUAAAAGAUCGAAUCAGGUGCCAAAUCGAGGGCGGCUCUAGAGAGUACCCCCUUCAAAAGCUCUGGACCAACAUUGCCGAAGACUUCAAGCGGUCUCUUUCCAGAACACGUCCAACUGUAAGGCUACUAUCGGAAUUGGACAAGGAAUCUAUCUCCAAUGGCCGCAACGACGACUCUGAAUGUGAGCUUACUGAGAUCCAAACUCCGAAGAAACCAAAAAUGGACGGAGAAGAGUCUACUGGUAGCCCUCGAGGUAGACCGACCAAGAAGGCAACAGGAUACCUCACUACACACUUUGAUAAAUUUGCGACUUCAGUGAAGGAGUUCACUUGGGAGGAAAUCAGGGACAUCAACAAGGAGUCCGCCAGCGCUGGGAUUCCCCAACAGAUUAACCCCAAAGCAAUCGAUUCCAUGAACCGAAUGAGUGUCGAGCACUGGAGGGACCCGAUGAUGGUCUUUAUCAAUGCCAGCCAUCGGCUCGUAAAAGAAACACUCCUGUGGGAGUUGAAGGAAGUCUUCGUUCAGUAUCUUCAAACGGAGCUCUACCGGGAGCUCAGACGGAUUAUUGAAAGCUACUUGAAGAAGCUCCGAGAUGAGCAUGUUGUCCAUGUUGAUGAGAUAUUCAGCAUAGAGCAUCAGAGACCUUUCACGAUGGCGAAAUCGGCCCUUGAUCAGGAGACUAAUGCAGCGAAUGACCUUUUCGUGAGGCGUCGUUUUGAGGCUAGAGCGAAUCAUUACUUGGAUCUGCAGCAGAGGUACCAAAGAGGAGACCCUCGAAGAGCGACAGAAAUGAAGAAACUUGGUGUUAAAGAACUCGGCGUGGACAUUUUCACUUUGGAAGUAAAGAUGAUGGCGACAACUCGUGGAUACUAUGAGGUGGCUAGUUCUAGAUUUGUUGAUGCUGUCGCCCAGAGCGUCCACACGAAGCUCUUUUUCAAAUGUCGCGAGAAUCUGGUGGAAGAAAUUGAGAAAGGACUAGGGAUCUACGAUCUAAAUGCGGUGAACAGGUGCCACGAACUGAUGUCGGAGGACGCAGAGCGCCAGAGACGCCGCGAGUACCUGAAAAAACAGAAGGAGAAGAUAAUGAAGGCACAGCAGUGGUUGGAGGCAGAGAAAGUCACACAUGAGCCGGCCAACGAGUUAGACUUUGGGUUCGAGGUUAAGUUGCAGCCGCCCGAUAAGUAA